AUGGUUACCGAAGAUGACAGUCGAUGGCCAAUAGGUCUGUACGACAUGUCCGGCCGAAUGGGGAAAUUGGAUUGUUAUAAGGACUUUGACUCUCCAUUCUUUGGUCUCAACGAUCAGAUCAUAGCCGAGUCUGACCCACAGGCCAGGUUGCUUCUCGAAGUGGCCCACGAGGCUAUGCUCGACGCAGGUGUGAAUCCUCAGGAGUUGAGGGGAACAAAGACUGGAGUAUACGUUGGAGUUUCCAUUUACUCCAUGACUGACGGCUACCCCGAAGACGGACAGCCGGACUUACACGAGAGUAUGCAGACUCUUAUGGUUCAGGUGUUGGCCAAUAUGAAGACCCUCUACUCCAGCCGUAUAUCGUUUGCUAAUGACUUUAAGGGCCCGUGUCUUGUAGUGGACACCGCCUGUUCGGCCAGUCUUAGCGCCCUCACACUGGCCUGCAAUGAUUUGCUGCUAGGGUUGCCAACUGGUCAAGGCAAUACGGACUACGCGAUAGUGUGCGGCACUCAUAUGGAUUUCGAGCCCUUUAUCUUUCAGUUUCAACAAGAGUUGGGAAUCUGUUCGCCGGACGGUAUGUCCCGUGUAUUGGACGCCGCGGCCAAUGGCUUCGUAAAGGCAGAGGCCGUGUGCUGUGUGUUCUUACAGCGCCGUCAGUGCGCCCGCCGUCUGUACGGACACAUAUUGACGGCCAAAAUGAAUGUCGACGGACACAAAAAGAUGGGAAUGUUUUUCCCCUCGUCUGAGGCUCAGGAGGAACUGAUGCGCAUGACGUACACCGAAGCCAACAUCGAUCCCAAAAAGAUUACCUUCAUUGAAGCCCACGCCACCGGCACCAAGGCGGGCGAUCCUCAAGAGGUGAAAGCGAUAUACAACGCGUACUGUGAGGGCCGGACUGAGCCCUUGCCGUUGGGGGCGUUGAAGAGCAAUAUGGGUCACUCGGAAGCCGGCUCUGGGGUCGCGGCUGUCAUUAAAGUGAUGAUCGCUUACGAGAAUGAAUGCAUUCCUCCGAACAUUAACUUUAAAACAUUAAAAGGAGAUAUAGAGAAAUAUUUCCCACCACUUCUGGCCAUUACUGAAAAAUAUCCGUACACUCCGGGUCUCGCCGGUGUUAACAAUUUUGGCAUCGGUGGGUCAAACGCACACGUAUUGCUCGAACCGAACCAUAAGUUGGGAACGAGUGAUGGCUUUCUAAUCGCGGAAACGAUUCCCAGAAUUGUCAACAUUUGCGGCCGAACUGAAGAUGCGGUCAAAUAU